AUGGUAGCGAAUGUACGCAGACAUAGUGACAACCUGAGGACUACGCUGCUCCUGGUUCACACUGUACUUGCCCAUCUUGUAUCUGUCCGUCCCGAGCGACCACCUGCAUCCGACGUUGUGGAGCUGCAACACAUGGUGACCAAGCUGCAACGCUCAUCUCGGAUCGGUCCAACUUGGCGAUAUUCCCAUACAGAAGCUACAUUGAUGCAGUACGCGCAAGAAGUUAUCGUCAAAGAGAUGAAAAUUUGCGAGCGAAAUCCAACUGUAAACCGGACCGUUCAGGCUUUACAUAUCGAAAGUAACGAUGACCGUGUCCCACAAUGGGCGAAGGCCAUACAAGCGAUACGAGAAGAUCAGCAAGAAUCAAGGGUCUCUUCUGUAGUUCCUGCAAUCUCUUCAAAGAGCCCUGGAAGGACGUAUAGUGUACUGAGAAGUCUGUCGCCGAUCCAAAACAUGCAACAACAUGAAGCGUCCGACUCGGAUGAUGAUCUGGAUACCGACUUCGCCAAAGCGGCAUUGAGCACUGGCUCCCAAGCGUUCGACGCCGGUAUAUAUGAAGAGGCAGACUCUCUGCUUCAAGAAGCGCUAAGGAUAUUGCUAUUGCUGCAAAAGCGAAGGCGAGCUUUCUGCGACGUCUUCAGUCUGCACUAUAAGCUUGCAGUUUGUGCGUACCACGUUCAGGGACCGGCAGAUGCCGAAAAGGCUUUGACCGGAUUCGUUGAACAAUCAGCGAACUCUGAUACAGAACGUGAAUGGAUUCACAAUGCAACUCACCUGUUAGCUCAGCUGUACGUCCGCAUGAAUUUUCUCGACCGCGCACGGAUCGAAUGCGAGAAGACCUUGCAAGCACGGCGACGGCUACAAGGAAAACAAAGUGCCGCCUCUUUAGAAUCGAUGGCGCUCAUGGCCCACAUCUAUGUUUUGCUUGACAACCGUGCGCUUGCAAAAUCGUGUCUUGCUAUGAUACCAGAGGCCAACCGGGAGACCGUGUUGAGAGUGGUCGAAGAAUCACUUGGGAAGAAUGUAGAGCACCUAGAUUUCGCCUCACUGCUCUCACGAGUGAGACCUGUCGAUGCCGAUACGAUUGCAGAGCGAGCCCAUAGCAGCAGACUCUCUACAACAACCUUAGAGUCAUCCUUGGAUCACAAUGGCAGCGACUCGGCGUCUGUGAUGACGAAGUCACACGUAGCUGACCCUUGGCAUACACCUCGAAGUAUUGCAUCCGAGAACGUUACCUUGUCGGAUUCGAGUCCUCGUAUAAAGAAAUCGCACCCUUCUGUAUCGAGUGAAACAGAGCGGGGGUUCUCAAAAGAUGAAAGCCAAGUACGAGAUUACUCUCCUAGCAUAAGGAAAGCAGACGUAACGGUUGCGAGCUCAUCUGAACCCGAGUACAAAGGGGAAAACAAGGCGAAGCCGCUCUCCCGUAAAGAGAUACUCAACAAAGUUGGCUGUCAACCCCGAGACCGAGCUGAGGAGGCUGUUUGCGAUGGAGAUUACGGAGCUCUGAUGACUACACUGAAUAAGAAGAAAGGUUUCUGGCGGUCAAAUGUGCGUAAGCGUGGCCGCACAGAGCGUGUGACAGCACUGCACUUUGCCGCUCUAUUUGGUGAAGUUGACAUGGCGCGGGCCCUGAUACAGGCAGGUUUCGGCGUCAACGAAGUCCCUUUCGGCUAUUCGACGACUCUGACACCCUUAAAUUUUGCCAUCGGCGCCCGGCAGGUGAUCAUGGUCGACCUGCUCACUAUGAAUGGUGCGGUACCGGCUUCACCAGACACAUGGUCGACAUUGGCAGGACAGCUGAUGAGCCGGUCAUGGCUGAUGAAAACGAUGUCGGAGGCUGAAAAGCACCUGGUCCCAAAACGGAUUACUGAGAUUAUGGAUAUUCUACUUCACCGCGGAUGGGAUAUCAAUGCCCCAAUAACGGCAUCUGGAGGGACUGUCUUGCACCAAGCGGUAUGUUUUUGGACCGGGGCAUACAAAUGGGAUUUGAGUCUUCGCGCUGCGGUAACUUCAUUCCUAUGCGAGAGAGGCGCAAAUCCAUUUCAGGCGAACUCAGAAGGCAAGACCCCUUAUGAUAUUGCGUCCGCCUCUGAACACCAGGACCUCAUGGUGAUCAUCGAAGACCACUCCAGACAGAAAAGGCUCUUAGGCACACCUGCGAUGCCAGUUGAACUGCCCGGUCAGUCCCAUUGA